AUGGAGCCCGUGCCGCAGCCGGGACGGUCGCGGCGGGCAGGGUCGCAGGCGGCGCAAGAGCAGCAGCAACUGCUGUUUGCCCGGGAGGAGGGGCCGGCGCGCUCGGCGCCCGAGGCGUGUUCGUGGCUACAGCAGCUCUUUCGAUGUGGCGCAGUCAAGUACAGGCGGCGCCGCCAGGGCAAGACCGACUACCGCGCGCGCCUCAGGCUGUGCACCCAGGACAAGAACAAGUACAACACCCACAAGUACCGCCUGGUCGUGCGCUUCUCCAACAAGGACGUCACCUGCCAGGUCGUUUACGCCUCCAUCGCCGGCGACGUCGUCGUGGCCGCGGCCUACGCGCACGAGCUCCCCAAGUACGGCCUCAACGUCGGCCUCAAGAACUACGCGGCGGCCUACUGCGUCGGCCUGCUGCUCGCGCGCCGCGUGCUCACCAAGUUUGGCCUGGCCGAGCACUACGCCGGCCAGGAGGAGCCCGACGGCGAGGACUACAACGUGGACCCCGUGGAGGACGGCCCGCGCCCCUUCAGCUGCCUGCUGGACGCGGGGCUCAAGCGCACCUCGACCGGCUCCAAGACCUUUGCCGCCCUCAAGGUGCGCGUGGAUGUGUGUGUGUGA